CAGAUUCAAAGAGCUGGGUCCUCUUCACUAUAGAAUUAUUUUAGGGUCCAUAUUUUUGGUUCCAUCCCAAUCCCAUCCCCUAUGUUGUUUUGAAUGUCCCAUGGCAUGCGGCUUAGAAAUGUACAACAAAAAUUCCGACCACAAAGCUGGCCUCUCCUCAUGUGCCGCCACUCCAAUGAGCCCUAGAAUCUCCUUCUCUAAUGACUUUGUGGAGUCCAACCAUUCUCAAUAUCAACACCACACAACCACCAUCAGGAGUGGUACCUCCAGAGAGGCGCCACCGCCACCGCCGCCGUCCUCCGACUUUGAAUUUUCAGUGACCAACUAUUCCAUGAUGAGUGCUGAUGAGCUGUUUUUCAAGGGCAGGUUGUUGCCUUUCAAGGACAGUUGCACCAAGACCACUCUCAGAGAUGAGCUGUUGGUGGAUGAUGAGGAUGACGACGACGUUUCGAUGAGGCCUCCCAGGGGUGCUGUGAGGUUGAAGGAGCUUCUCGGUCUCAGGAAGUCCCACAUUAGAUCCAAGAAAUCGAAUAAGAAUGAUGGGUUUGUGGAAAAAAGGCCUGGUUUGGUUCUUGAUCAGGAGGCACACCGUGGCAAUACUUCGGAACAGUUGAAUAAUGGAGGGACAAGUUGCAAGGAUAUGGAGUUGGGGAUGUAAUGAAUGGAAUUGUUUGUUGAUGGUUAUGUAAGAUUUGUAGAGGUGUGAGGCUUUAUCUUUUUUUUUUUUGGCUGAGAUUUUGAUAAAUUAAGAGGUUCUUAUUUGUGUUAGGUAGUGCGGUUGGAUCUAACUUGUGAUUCAUGUUUUCAGAAGUUGUUUUGGAGUCUUCCCAUUCAUUUCUAUUUCUAUUUCUAUUUCCUAGAAGUUUGUGUA